GUCAAGAUGGCGGACGAGCGUGACGGAACGGAGCAUAGAGUGCUGAGAGUAAAUCAGCUGGAUGCUGCCCAGCUUGAUGAGGAAAUUAUCCAUCUUCUUCGAAAUCAGCUGAACAAGGCGUUUCACUACUUCGAGGCUGGUGUUCUCACAAAAUAUGAAGCUGAACUGAAUGCAGUACUAAGAUUUCUUGUGUGGAGGUUUUCAGUGUACAGCAGUAAUUCAACCAUCGGUCAACGCAUGCUCAACAUGAAGUACACUUCAGCAGGGAGCACUGUGAGUCUAUUACAAAAGCUUUUGUUUGGUUUUUGCAUUGUUGGAAUACCCUAUAUAAGAGAAAGAAGCAUUGACAUAAAAGGAAUUACAGACAGAAUUUUGGACUUAAACUCUAUUUGGAGAUAUGUUAAUGUAGGUGAAAAACUGUUUCAGUUUGCUUCUGUCCUUAACUUCCUCAUUUUUUUACAAAAGGGAAAAUAUCCUUCCCUUCUUGAACGUGUUCUUGGAAUUCAUCCUGUAUUUGCCCAGCGACAAUCAAUUCGACAAGUCAGCUUUGAUUUCAUGACUCGUGAAUUACUCUGGCAUGGAUUUGCAGAAUUUGUGUUUUUCCUUCUUCCACUUAUCAACAUCCACAAACUAAAGAACUUGCUGGUUAGACGGUUUUCAAGUCCAGCUUCUCUUGACAAGCAGCCAUCAAUCAAAGUAGCAUGUCAUGAGUGUGGAAUUUGUAAUGAACCUCCUACUGCACCUCAUCAAGGUCUGUGUGGUCACGUGUUCUGUUAUUACUGCAUCAAGGCCAACAGUUUAGCUGACUCGUCGUUUCCAUGCCCACUCUGUGGUUCACCAAUGGGUGAUGAUAUUAUCCCUGUCGAAUGUACAGUCGCUUUGGAAGUAACGUGAUUAAUAAAUAUUCAAAAGCCGGUCGUAUCCAAAUCACAGGACCUCGACUUCCUGGAGGAACAGAAGAGUUCUUCAGCCCGAUGCAUAUUUUGAGCGUGUAAAUACGGUAAAAUUUCCGCACAGCCCCAUACUGCAUUAUGCAUUCAGUUCGUGGAUAGAGAAAACAAUGACAAAAAAAAAAUACAUUGCCAUUGGGAAAACAGAUUUGUUUUACAACAGUAUGGGGAUGUGCGGAAAUUUUAGCGUAAAUACCUUAUGUAGUGGAAAAGUUUGCAAGAAGCACGGCAAAAAAACUAGCGUUUACCAUAUGGAGAACUAAAGUUGAAUUCACGGAAAACGCGGCAUUUUUCUAACAUUUACCAGUGUUUUGUACGGCAACUGAGCUUCAAUGAGAAAUUGAUGGCCUUUGCGAUACACUGAAAAAUUAAGAAGAGGACGGGAUUACUGUAAGAUACCAAUCGACCGAAAGACUCAGCGAAAUAAUAGCAUAUUAAUGUAAUUCAUUUUAUGGCUGGCAGCUCUCGUGGGCAAGGUGAGGCGAAUCCUGUGUUCUGAUUGGCUACCCAAGCCCAUCCGGAUUGUCCGCUUUGAUCCCCUUGCGAG